AGCGAUUUAUGGUGAUGUGCAGGGUCGAUAGAUACUCUGUUCUGCGCAGCUCUUUGCAAAACAUGACAUCUAUUCUACCUGAAUAACCACAGAACGGAGUUACCGGAGAUAUCAAUUCUAUUGGAAUUGAAAAUCUAUUGGAAAGCAGUAUUGCAUUUAAGUGAAAAAGUAUAAAAACUUCUACGGUGAAGGGUUGAUUUUCACGGAAAGCUGGUAAUUUAGUGCGAGUAAAAUGUGUUAUUAACGAAGAAAAUAUAGUAAAACUUUGUCAUUUUGCGUUGGUGUUGACAUUUGUUAAGCAGAUAGAUAGCAAAGGCGGUCCUCUUUUUGAGCCAGAAGUGUAUUUGAUUAGUGUAUGGAAAUAACUCAGGAGGAGCAAAAAGCGGUUGAUAGGCAGAAAUGUGAAAUCGUCUUUUAGGUUUAUAAAGCUCCGAGAUUGACGAUGGACAUGUAUAUACACACAGGAAAGCUGAUAGUCUUCAUCUCAAUGAUAGGUAUGGCGUCGGCUCUAGAAUGCAUCGCCUGUAAUUGGAAUACAAAGAAUAGUUCACGUGAAGAUGAUUGUUUGGGAGCUCCUUUCAAAUCAGAAACAGUAGUUUGUCCAGAGAGUAAUUCUCCUGGAGAACGUAUCGUAUGUCAGACACUUGCUGUUUUUAACAAAAAGUCAGGAGACAGCGAUCUCGAGCGUCUGGAACGGAAGUGUGGCAGCAAACAUUCCAAAUGUGACAACGCAUGCGCAGAUGAUACUUCUCAAUGUUGGUUAUGUUGCACUGACGACAAAUGCAAUGGUUUUCCUUUAAGCGCCAAUAUUGUCGUCACCACCUCAACAGCAAACGGCUUAAACUUCUUCUUCAGUGCAGUUGUUUUAGCCACAGUGUCUGUAGUUCUAUCUCUUGUAUAACACUCAGGCAAUUUUACCCGUGUUUUUAAUCUAUACAAUGUUUGUGCUAAUUGUGUAUAUGUGUUUUGUGUAUUGCACUCCUAAGGGUAACAAAGCAAGAGCAUUUUUGCGUUGCCAUUUACGUAAAAUCUCAUACAUUCUACGAGAAUUAUAUGUGUUGUGAUUCAGCAUAGAUGUGUUAGCAUAACUUUAUGUGUGCCAGCGUGUUGUCACCAGGUCAGGUGCAGAAACAACACCAGUAACUGAUGGCAACUCAGGAUUUAUUUGUUAGUGUUAUUGUUGUUUAAUAUUCUAAUAGAUCUGAAUGAUAUUCAUUCUAAAAUUUCUUAAAUGAUACCGUGAAGAAGUAACUCAGCUUGUAAAGUCAUCCAUUAUUGAAGAACAUCGUCCUUUACCUCUGAUUCAUAUGGGGAAGUUGGCAGUUUCUUACGGAGAACAGGUUUGUACUGGUAAAGAACCCAGAAACACUGGUUAAGUUAACUGUCCGCCGUUACAUAACUGAAACGCGGCAUUCAACCCAAAACAGAACAAAACAAAACAUGAAGGCUGUAUUGCUUUGAUUACUCUGAACAUUCUGUACACACUAUAAGUCAAUGGAGUUAAAAAGAAUAGUGUUCUGGAGUGUCUGGAACGUGUGCUGACUGGUCUAAAAUACAGUAUGCAGGUAGGGCAGUAACGUAAUGAAUAUUUACGAAAAUGGAAAACAAGUCUUGAUUCCUAUCUACUUAGGAUAAUUUCAUUAGUGCUGGGUAUUGUGCGUUUUAAUUGACCUGGUGGUGCGGGGAGAGGGGGGUGGGGUUGGGGGCGGGAUUUCGCGACGGUCCACUGCAUUACUGUGCAAGAUAUAUAGUAUAUUUCUUAUUCAGUGGCCAUCUACCUUACAUUGUAACCAGUUGUAGUCGUUGUUUACGGAAUUAAACAAUUAUAUUGCUAUACCUAUUUUGCUCGUUUUAUGAGUUUACCAUUAUUUGCAUAAGUCAGAGAUUAACUCCGCUCCACCAGGUCGAAUAAAACGCACAAUACCAGAGCAGAAAAUUGUAUUUAUUCCUUUGACGAGAAUGAGAAGAUUACUUAAUUUUCAGAACACUGUUCUGGGCAGUCAAAGGGAUAUGAUCAAAGUGAUCCAGGGUUAUCAUUUGCAUUUGUCUGCUUAGCCUAUAAAAUAUUCAGCCGACGGAAAAGUGGAAAAUAGAAAAUAAAAUGUCUUGAAAUUUAAGUCAUUAUCGGGAUUUAUGUGAUGAAGUUCCACUACUGAAAAUAUUGUCACUUGUUGUAAAAAGCUAUUUAUAAAUAUAUAUAUUGUUAUAUUUUAUUAUGUAUACUCCUGUUGUUUGCUUGUAUUAAAAUAUUUAAUACAGUUUUAUCUCAGAGCAUUCAUGUACAAGUAAGUUUGUUAGUCCUAAAUAUGUUAAUAAACUGUGUUUUUCAAGUUACUCAAAUACCUUUAUUACCACAAAAUGAAACUGAUACAAUAUUCACGCAAAUGUCGUGAUAAACAUAUCAAAAUAUUGGAUGCUUUAAGAAAGCACCACAUUACUCAUCAUCAUUUUAAAUAAAAAUGAAAUAGAGGACGUCAAAUGUGUGUAGUUUCAGAAAUGAAUUAAACGAGCAUUUUCUAAAAUAGAAUUUAAACUAUGAGUGCAUCUGACUAGUAUAAUACAUGCAGUAACACUACAUAGAUAUUAGCUGAUGAUACACUGUUAAUGACAGGAAGCUUCUAUAAAAGGGCGCAAAAUUAUUAACAUCAUCAGAAAUAUAGACGUCAGCAUUUUGAAAAUAAUUAGGAUAUUUUCUUGUAUAUGUACUAGGUUUCUGCCAUUAUAAAAAGAACUCUCUGUUUUGCUAUUAAAUAAUAGCAAAAACAAAAAAAGACAACAAGGUAUAGUUAUUACUUACGUGUAUGCAUUCUGAACUUAAUAAUGUAUUGUCUUUGAUGAUCUUUGUUUCAAAUAGCAAUUUUAAAUCGUUGAUGUAUUCUACUUUCUUCAAAUACUGACCAUACAUCAAGGUAGUGCAGGUAGGUUACAGUUAACCAUUCACAUAAAAAAAAACUAAUUUUAGAAGUGCAUUAUUUUCAUCACAAAAUGUGAAUGAUACAAUAUUCAAAGUUCAAUCAGAUGAGAACAGUGCGUGUCACCAGACUGAUUAACAAUAGUAACAUAAUUUAAAAACAAGGAAGAAUAUCCGACAGGGAAAGCCACAUUCUAAAAACGCAGCCUCCCCAAACGCGCACCUACACCACACAUACACAAAGCAAACACACAAUGACAAAACAAACAAACAAAGGAACACAGUGGGGCACCGCCUUGGAACGGCCAGUGGCAAAACCACCACUGGGGAGCUUAAACUGGUUUAACACUUAAAUUGAGGUUGAAUUCGUAUGAUAAUAAAGUUAUUUUUUUCUUCAUGAUACUCAUUUUAAAAAUAUUUUAUAAUUUCUCUUUUUUUUUCCUUUUUACUCCUGCCUUGCUUAAUUUUAUUUGAUAAAAUCAGUGAAAACAUCGUUUGGAAGCACAUAACGCUACCAAUAUAAUAGAGAGACAAUGAAAUUUGCAUCUCCCUUAUUCUAUUACAGCACUAUAGAAUGUUUUCCAUAAUCCCGAAGGACCAGGAAAAAAACUUCAAUGAUAUAUCCUGGAAAUUGCACGAAGAAUCUAAAGUAUCAAAAAAAAAAAAAAAAAAAAAAAAACACACAAUAUAAUGAUGAUUCAUUUGUAUGAAAAUAUUUUUCAAGUUGUUAUUUCGGUACAUUUGCAUUACAAGUAAAUGUCAGACAUAAUACUCACGUAUUUCAAGGGACAAAUUAUGAAUACUGACUGAAUAAUUUACAUGCACAGUUCUUGCACAAAACGAUUUUCAGAAGAAUUAUAUAAGAAACAUAUAUACUAUUUUGGAUAAAAUUUUACACAGGUAAAGUUGUAACAUGCCUUACAUGGUUAUGCAAAAAUACCAAGUUUUGCUUAGACCCAUAGAACCAAUAUUUUCAUACAUCGGGAUUAAGUGUAUUCUAACUUGCACAUAAACAUCUUGAUUAUAUGAUACUUUCAUAUCAUUUACUCUAUAUUGAUUUAAAUGUAGCUUACAUGUUACAAUAGUAAGACAAAUUGUAAUCAUCAUUCACCAUCCUGAAUUUAGUAAUUCAUAUUCUCAUCAUCUGGCUAUGUAAAAGCAUAUUGUUUAUUUUCUUCCAUACCAAGUCAAUUCAAAGAAGGCGUAUUCUGGUUACUAGUUUCCGCGAUAUUUGUAUUCUGAAACCUUAUUCGUGAGGAAAUUAAAGAUAAAAUGUC